AUGGGAGAUAAAGAUACAGUUGAGAAGUUCUUGGAUAACAACCCGCAGUUCGCUACCGAGUAUUUCGAGAAGAAAAUCAAACCGGACGUGAUCACAGCGGCAUUCAACAACAAAGUCCAAGUGAAAGAGCCGUCCUCAUACAAAGAUGUCACCUCCAUCCAGGAAUCGGAGUUCAUAUUCGAGCUGGUGAAGGAGAUGCAGGACAACAGCCAGAUGGAGAAGACCCUGCACAAAGUUCUCCAGAGGAUCGCGCUGCUCAUCCAGGCGGACAGGUGCAGUUACUUUGUGUUUCGGAGCAGGAACGGGGUGCCUGAGCUGUCUACAGUCCUUUUCGAUGUCACCCAUAAUUCACCAUUUGACAAGAAUCUAGUCAAUCCCAAUGUGGAGAUCGUAUACCCAACCGAUAUGGGCAUAGUGGGGUACACGGUGCACUCAAAGAAGCCCCAGACUGUAGCAGAUGUGAAGAAGGACUCUCACUUCAGUGACUUUGUGGACAAGCAGACCAAGUACACGACCAAAUGCAUGCUGACAGCACCGGUCAUGAACGGGAAAGAGCCAAUCGGAGUCAUAGCGGCUCUCAAUAAACAGGGAGCCAGUGAGUUCUCCAAAAGUGAUGUUGAUCUCUUCACCAAAUAUAUGAACUUUGCCACACUGGUCUGUCUGCAAGCACACACCGCUUACAUGUGGGAUGUUGAGUCCAGAAGGAGUCAGGUUUUGCUGUGGUCUGCCAGCAAGGUGUUUGAAGAGUUGACAGAUAUCGAGAGACAGUUUCACAAAGCUCUGUACACAGUGCGCACAUACAUCAAGUGUGAGAGAUACUCCGUGGGCUUGUUGGACAUGACCAAAGAAAAGGAGUUCUUUGAUGAAUGGGCAAUCAAAUUAGGAGAGCAAGAGGCGUACAAAGGUCCAAAGACUCCAGAUGGCAGAGAAAUUGCCUUCUACAAAAUUAUCGAUUACUUGCUGGAAGAUAAGGAGGAAAUUAAAGUUAUCCCUGGCCCUCCUGCUGACCACUGGGCUUUGGUCAGUGGACUCCCUUCUUACGUGGCCGAGAAUGGAUUUAUCUGCAACAUGAUGAACGCCAGUGCAGAUGAAUAUUUUACAUUUCAGAAAGACGCUGUGGAUGAAACUGGGUGGAAGAUCAAAAACGUCCUCUCUCUCCCGAUUGUCAACAAAAAAGAAGAAAUUGUGGGCGUGGCUACUUUUUUCAACCGCAAAGAUGGAAAACCUUUCGACGAGAACGAUGAACAGAUUACAGAAGCUUUGACACAGUUCCUUGGAUGGUCCACACUUUGCAGCGACACUUAUGACAAACUCAACAGAACUGAAUGGAAGAAGGAUGUUGCUCAGGAGAUGCUCAUGUACCAGACCAAGGCCAGUCCAAGCGAAGUGCAACAAAUCCUGAACACGAAAGAGAAGUUUGACUCAGAGCCAGAAGACUGUGACCAGAAGGAGAUGUACAAAUUGUUGCGAACCAAGAUCCCUGAUGCCAAGAAGGUGGAGCUGCUCGAGUUCCGCUUCAGCGACUUCCCUCUGUCUGAAUUUGAGCUCAUCCAGUGUGGUAUCCGCUGCUUCUUUGAGCUGGGGGUGGUAGAGAAGUUUAAAGUCCCAGCAGAGACCUUGACCAGAUGGAUGUACACUGUGCGCAAAGGCUACCGCGACAUCACCUACCACAACUGGAGGCACGGCUUCAAUGUGGGCCAGACCAUGUUCACUCUGCUCCUGACGGGCAAGCUGAAGAAGUAUUACUCCGACCUCGAGGCCUUUGCCAUGGUGUCAGCUGGAUUCUGCCACGAUAUUGACCACAGAGGAACCAACAACCUUUACCAGACCAAGAGUGCUUCCCCUCUGGCCAAACUGCACAGUACCUCAGUCAUGGAAAGGCACCAUCUUGAGUACAGCAAGACCCUGAUGGAGAAUGAGAAUCUGAACAUCUUCCAAAACCUCCAGAAGCGCCAGUUUGAGACAGUGCAACAUCUGUUUGAAGUGUGCAUUAUCGCCACAGAUCUGGCCCUUUAUUUCAAGAAGAGAACAAUGUUUCAGAAAAUUGUGGACCAAGCUCAUGAAAUCAAGGAUGAGAAGGAAGUAGUCAACUUCAUCUCCAAUAACCCAACAAGAAAGGAAAUUGUCAUGGCUAUGAUGAUGACUGCUUGUGACUUGUCGGCCAUUACUAAACCAUGGGAGGUUCAGAGCAAGGUCGCAUUGAUGGUGGCUGCAGAGUUCUGGGAGCAAGGAGACCUGGAGCGAACUGUAUUGGAGCAGCAGCCUAUUCCAAUGAUGGACAGAAAUCAUGCUGAUGAGCUACCCAAGAUGCAGUGCGGUUUCAUCGAUUUUGUCUGCUCAUUUGUCUACAAGGAGUUUGCACGCUUCCACACAGAGAUCACGCCCAUGUUCGAUGGUCUGAACAACAACAGAGCAGAGUGGAAGGCGCUGGCAGAUGUGCACGAGGCAAAGAUCAAGGCCAUAGAGGACGAGAAGAAGAAGCUGGAGGGAGGGGGUGAAGGUGGAGAUGCCAAGGCAAAGACAUGUGUCAUCUGCUAG